GGGUGUAGAAGUGUGAGGAGGAGGAGUCUGUUUGUUGACAUCGGAUGGAAGCGACCAUCGGAGUGAAGUCAGCGGAUCAAAGCUCCUUUUCUCCCGGCCUUCCAGACCCUCCGCCCCGGGGAAGCUGAGGUAGACCCGGCAGCGGAGCAGAGCUCACCCACCGGUGACCGCUGGUUGUAGCUGUUAGCAAAGGAGCUAGCGCUAGCCCCACUAGCUAGCCCCGCUAACAGCAUAGCAGGGAAAGUCAUCGUUAGCCAGCAGCUAAUUGAAGUGAACUGUGCGGACCCCGCUUCGCUUAAUGAAGCUUUGAACAGAGGAACACGCGCGGCUGAGAGUUGCACUCGGUCCGAGCAGUGCUCGCCUCCUGAGGGGACCUGCACUGGUCUGUGUGUGAUCUGAGCUGGAGAAGAAGGGGGGGGCGAACAUGGCGGCCAAAGCAGGAGACAACCCUGAGAGCCUCAUGACUCUGGCGACCGUGUUCUGCCUGAGGAACCUCAGGAAGACCAUGUGCUACCAGGGCUUCAAGAACAAGCUGUGCCUGCGCUCGGACAUCUUCCUGCCCAGUGAGAUCUGUGACAAGCUGGUCAACACAUACAUGGAGCUGGUUCACACGGACAGUAACUUUGAACCAGAGGAGAGCUUCUUCCAGCUCUUCUCAGACCCUCGGAGCACCAGACUGACCAGGGUGCAGCUGAGAGAAGACUUUGUACGGGACAGAGAUCUGGAGGCCAUUAGAAAACAGGACCUGAUUGAGCUCCACCUCACCUACUGCAACAGCCUGUCGUCCCGCAGCCUGAAGACGCUGACCUGCUUCCGCGAGACUUUGCUGUCUCUCUGUCUUUUUGGCUGCAGCCACAUCUUCUACAGGAAGGGCGGCGCCCCACUCGCCUGCAACGAAGACUCGGAGGACGAGGAGGAGGAGACCCCUGUUUCUAGGCAGGCGUUAGAGAUGGACUUUAACUUCCAGGGGUUCAACCGUCUCCGACUGCUCAACCUGGGCGGUCUGCCUGACGAGAUGGAUGCUGAGACGCUGCUCAAACCCCUGAAGUCUCUCACCUCACUAGAUCUGUCUAAUGUGCAGUUGCCGGGAACAGCAUUUCUCACCCAGUGGAAAGACAGAUUGGCCUCGCUUGUCCUCUACAACGUGGAUCUGUCGGAGGAGCUGGUCAGCACAGUGGUGGAGCUUGUUAAUCUCAGGCAUUUCGACAUCUCGCGGGAGAGCCGGCGGACCUCAAAGUUCAAGAUGACACGCAAGAUUUUGACAGCGUUCGUCCAGCGUCUGGUCAAUCUGGUGUCCCUGGACAUCUCAGGUCACAUUAUGCAGGACAACUCUACAGUUCCACACUUUGAAGAAGCCAUAGGGCGACCGAGCAUCGAGCCGUGCAAGAGCAGCAUCUAUCCGCUCCAGGAGCUGAAGAGGCCGCUGCAGUUCCUGGGCCUGUAUGACACUACGCUCUGUAACGUCACUCACAUCCCUGCUUAUAAGGUGACUGGAUCAAAGAAUGAAGACCAGGUCCUGAAUGCGAUCGAAGCUUACACAGAGUUCCGUCCUGAACUCGCCCACAGAGCCAUCAAUCAGCUGUUUGACAUCGCCAGGAUACAGCACUGUAGUCAGCUGCUCCGCGCGUUGCAACUCGUCAUCGCAGCGUUGAAAUGCCAUAAAUAUGAUAAGAGCAUCCAGGUGACGGGCAGCGCCGCUCUGUUCUACCUGACCAACACGGAGUACCGCAGCGACCAGAGUGUGCGGUUACGCCGAGAGGUCAUUCAAGUGGUACUGAAUGGAAUGGAGCAGUAUCAGGAGGUCACCGUCCAGAGGAACUGCUGCUUGACUCUGUGCAACUUCAGCAUCCCUGAGGAGCUGGAGUUCCAGUACAGUCGGGUCAACCAGCUGCUGCUGAAGAUCCUGGAGCCGGCCCGGCAGGACGAGUCCAUCCAGAGAAUCGCUGUGCACCUGUGCAAUGCUUUGGUCUGUCAGGUGGACAACCAUCACAAGGAGGCUGUGGGGAAGAUGGGCUUUGUUAAGACCAUGUUAAAUUUAAUUCAGAAGAAGCUUCAAGACAGGACGUGUGACCAGGUGAUGGAGUUCUCCUGGAGCGCUCUGUGGAACAUCACAGACGAGACACCUGACAACUGUCAAAUGUUCCUCAACUGUCGGGGGAUGAGUCUCUUUCUCGAGUGUCUUCAGGAGUUUCCAGACAAGCAGGAGCUUCACCGCAACAUGCUGGGGCUCUUGGGAAACGUGGCUGAGGUCAAAGCCUUGAGGCCUCAGCUGCUCACCCCCCAGUUCAUCACCGUUUUCAGUAACCUUCUGGACAGUAAGGCCGACGGGAUCGAGGUGUCGUAUAAUGCCUGUGGCGUGCUCUCACACAUCAUGUUUGAUGGGCCGGAGGUUUGGUCGAUGGAGGAACCGCUGAGAGACACCGUGAUGGACAAGAUGAUGGACGCCAUUCAGAGCUGGGACGUCAGCUCACGGCGCAACAUCAACUACAGGUCGUUCGAGCCGAUCCUGCGGCUGCUGCCUCAGGGCAUCGCUCCGGUCAGCCAGCACUGGGCCACCUGGGCUCUCUUCAACCUGGUGUCAGUUUACCCGGGCAAGUAUUGUCCUCUGCUGAUUAAAGAAGGAGGAGUCAUUCUCCUGGAGAAAGUUCUGGAACUGGACAGCUCACAUCCAGAGACCAAGGACAUGGCCAGGAAAGUGAUGGAGCAGUGUGAAACCUUCAAGGACGACCCCAUGGAGACAAACCAGGGACAGGAGGUAAACUUCGGACAAAGAGGUUGACGCCACAGGAGCAAUCAAUGAAAGCGACCUACGGCCCUGCCCACCGCCAUCAUCACGAGGGUCGAUCGUGUGCAUUAUUCUUACUCUUAUCAUUCUUAUUAUUUUCUAGAGCAGAACUGUCUCUGAGCUGUCGCAGCAGUUUGGACAGAACCUUAAUAUUUGACACGUAGGACAGCAGACGUGGUGCAUGGUGUUUUGUUGUGAGGGUGCUUACCUGCUGCACAUGAGCAUCUCUUUGGGUCUGUGGGGGGGGUGACUCUGUUUCCUGUGUGUGUGCGUGUGCGUGUGCGUGUCACAGACUUAGCGACGGAACAGAACAGUUGGAGUGAAGCUCGAUCUCAGUGGAAGGAAACAAACUCCCUCCUCAGCUCACUGCCUUCAAGGCCUCGUCGUGUCCUUUGCUCUCCUCCCAGUUCUCAUGCUCGUCCGCCCAGUUGCGGACACGUGUACAGUGAAUAUUAGCCAUUAUGUGUGUAGACUGCAGAGAAGAGUCACACUGAUGUUUGAUGUGACGGGAGACUUUCCCGACCUCGUGGCACAACGAUGGACUUCUUUGUUAAAUAUGUAAAUAUUCUGUUUGUCUCAUCCUUUUACUGUGCGUAUGUUUUAUAAUAUAACUGUAAACACUCAUGACUUUUCUCUAUAUUUAAAUCUCUAGGUUUGACUAAUGUGUGGUCAGUGAUCAGAAACUAUUAACAGAAAAUUCUGUCAUUCAGGUUUUGUGUAGAAAACCUGGACCUCUUCGUUCUUAAAGGAUCAUUUAGAUUCGAGCUACAUCCACAAGACCACGUUUUCCUUUUGAAACCACUACAGAGUUUCUCAGCUUCUACAUCAGAGACGUGUGUAAAACGCUGCUGGUUGUUUUAUUAGGUUUGUGUUUUCAUCAGUGAACAGAAACUGAGACUUAAGUAAACGAUGACGCAGACGUUCUCGUCCUGAUUGGUUCUCAUUAGUCACAUGACUCGACUAGCAGGGGUGGACACAAAGCGUCGCUAACACUUCCUGUCAGUGGCACUUCCUGUCAGUAGCACUUCCUGUCAGUGGCACUUCCUGCUCUGACUCGUCACCAUCACUGCUCCUCCUUCAGAGGAGUUUCUGUUACUAAUCAACCAACUGCAGAGGAGACCAUCUACUUCCUGUUUACAUCACAUGACCAGUGGACGUGAACGGUCAUGUGACGUGUUUUCAGGAUGUUAGAUUGAGGUGUUAAUGAUACGGAGCUAAAGAUGGAGCUGGUGUGAACAGAGCUGAUUUGAGUUUUUAAAUGAAAACGUUUGUGGUGUGGAUGCAGCCUCUGGUUGUUGUGUUUGAAUUAUCUGGCACGUCACCUGAUUCCCACCAGUCCUCACUGGAGACAGAUCUGAGCUUCGUCCAAAAGGACCCACAGAGAAUUCUCUACACGGCCAAAAGUAUGAGGACACUUACAAAGGGACACAACGCGUUUGAUUUGAAAGAACCGUCCCGACCGGCCCAGACUCCAACGUGAUGCUAGUUCCAUCCAACGACUGUGAUGGUUCCUGAAGCCGACGAGUGGAGGCUGUCAGAGCAUCUGCUCAACUUACUGUCGUAACAUGUUCAACUCUGGGUCACUGCAGUAGAGCUAUCGUGUUAUUUUUAACUUUAUUCAACAGUCCCCUUCCUGUCAUUACCUGCAACUACAUUACCCACAAUUCAAUUCAGCAAAAGACGGUUCAUUCACGGAUGGAGGUGUGUCAUGUUCUUUCAAGCUUUGUUUCGUGUCCACACACAAUAUAGUGUCUGAGGUCGUCUAACCAUACAGACGACAUCUUGAAUCUCAAUUACUCUGCCCCUCCUUAACUCACCAGUGCCUCUGGUGGUCGGGUUCUGUGCCAGAUAAUGACAGAGACGAAGUUGAAACGAUCAUUUAACGACCUCUGAUGACCCCUCGUGUUUCCUGGGGUCAACAUGCUGCUACGUUUCUGCUUCACUGCGAUCAAACACUUUGCUCUUGAAGCUGAGAGGAGGAAAAUGAAGUGGUGCGUUCACGUCUAUGUUAAAAUAUUUGAAACUGGAAAGAUGUGUUCAAGAAGUCUCAGAAAUUAAAACAUCAUCCUCACAGGAACUGAACACUAUCGCAGAUCUCACCUUGAACUUGUUCUCACUUAACUCGACUCACUUAAAUCUGAGUCUGAGUUUAUUUACUCCAUUUGUGACCUUACAGGCACCUGUAGCUUCGACUCUCAGUGGAACGUUAAAGUAGACGUGUUUUUUUUGUGUUUCUUUCCUCUCGUGUGUUAUAAAGAUUUUUGCUGAAUGUAGAAGUUCUGCAAAGUUUAAAAGCCCAAAGUCUGUGGUAAAGUGAGUUCCUCUCCUGAAACACCUCGUUAGUACCGGCUGAUACUUCCUCAUCAUCGUGAUGUCAUGACGCCCCACAUCUGCAUAAUCCCCACCUGGCGUCGAGCCUCCCAGAGCUCCUCGUCAGUCGUCUGGACGAUAGUUAAAAACAACUGACACGGUUUCCCCAACACAGUCAGGUAGUGGAGCAGCCGACCAAUCAGAGCAGACUUUUAUCAAGAGGAGGGUCUUAAAGAGACAGGAGCCAAAACCAAGUGUCCGAGGAAAGUGAUGUUUUUUGAUCAUUAAUAAAAACAUUUUACAGUCAUAACACUAUUUAAAAUCAUCAACCUGAAGAUGAAUAUUUCUCCUUUAACUAUAUCAACAGAAUAUGAAUCUGUGUGGGCAGGUUCUGGUCUCAUUUAUCUUUUGCGAUGGUUGAAUGGAUAAAGGAAAAUUGAAUCUGUUUAUUGUACUGAAUUUUUCUUGUGUUGGCUUGGGCAAAAAUUGACUAUUUCCAUUAUUCAUCAAUUUUAUAUUUAUAUUUUACAAAUAAUGGUAAGCUGUGAACAGUUCCUAAGUCUGAGGUCCGAGCUGUUUCUUCGUUCCAGUUUGACUCCGGUCCCCCAGCGCAGCGAUGCUGCUGGUGUGACUGGGACGCGAAGCUGGAGCUGAAGGAACACACAUGCAAUGAUGGUUAUUUUCUCCUGCAGCUGGUUUAUUUGAAUCAGGUCUGACAUAUUAAACAGUGGUUUCUAAUAACACCACACUGGCUCCAGUGUGCUGCUCAGUGACUUUAAAUAAAGAUGGACGACGCAUUGCCACUUCCUCCCCCCCCCCCCACUGUACAAGCCAACUAUCAUUAAAUAACUGAUUCAAACCAACUCAUCAGAAACACCUGAACAAACAUCGGUGGGAUAAGAACGACCUGAAAUGACAGAAACAUCUUUACAAACAUUUAAUUCAAGUUUCUUUGAUUCUUUAGUUUGGUCCAUGUCCCAUUUGCUAACAUGGAGGUUAAUAAUGUGAAGUGCAGUCAGCCACCAGGGGGAUGGAGAUGGUUUGGCUUCACAGUUAGUCGUCCAUCUUUAUUUACGCUCAGCUCCAGCCUAUUUACAGUUUGUCGAUGCUGAACAGAUUUUUAUUGGACUUUUCAGAUCGCUCACAUUUGGUUUUAUUCACUGAGCUGAUUUCCUUGUCACGUACAGUUUAUUGGAAUCUGAUCGGUACAGUCGUGUUUUUGUUUCUAUUUUCACUCACGUUCACGUGAACAUAAGCUUGAUCAGAGACUCAAUGUUUCUGUCAGGAAUUCAACUGAGGUCAAAUCUGAGUCGGUUAGCGACACGGUGUUUGAUCUAAGGUGCUUGAGGUGGAAAGUGGAUUUAUCUUCAGCCUCCAUCACUCAUCUGACUUCUUAGUUUCCAUGAAUGCUUCCCAUGAAGAAACACAUUGUGAUGGCAGGUAGCUACUGUGGGUUGUUGACUGUUCCUGAUUAUUUAUAAAGAUGUAUGUGCUGAAAUUUAAAAAAGAAAUGAUGAGAAACUGCUGUGUCACAAACUGAUUUCACGUUUCUGAAGUGUGUUGACACUCUGUCAUUGGUUUCUUUUGUAAUUGUAAUCCAAAUCUGAGUGAGGGACAUUUGAUCCGAACUGUGUGGAGUUUUUCCUGAUCUGAAUAUUACCAGGCCGUUGGUGUAAAGGAAAGAGUAAGCAAUAAAGAUGGAGUGGGAAAGAG